AUGGAAAUUGAGCCAAGUGCACCUCAAAUUGCGGGGAAAAAACUAUGGAAUAUAGUGAGAAUUAUGUUCUACAUGUUGAGGAAAGGCAUGUUAAAGAGCAAACUCAUGCAAAUUACCCUUCAAGACAUGUUAAAAAGAGGUAAAAUCGUUGGUAAAGCGAUAAGCAACCUUAUGUUACAUCCUCCACACUAUUCAUCGUCUUCAUUUACGUGCAAAUCAAACAACAACAACGACGUAGCAAUGUCAUUUAUCACACGUCGUGAAUACGAGUUUAGCUGCAGUAAUAGUCCUAAAUUUCCCCUGUAUUUCGCCAAUAAUAAACGUAGGCGAAAUCGUACGUAUAAAUCAGGGGAAAUUGAUGUUGUACAAAAAGUAUUUGAAAUUUUAAAUACUACAAGUACAAGUUAUGAAGCUGGUGGUACAACUUCUAUUGCAGUUGCUUCACCUUUAGCAUUACUUGGAUUUGGAAAAAGUCCAAAUAAUGUGAGAAAAUUAAGAGUUACUGAUUCACCAUUUCCAGUAAAAGAUUCAGAGGAAAAUUAUAAUUCACAAGUUGAUAAAGAUGCUGAAGAAUUCAUUAAGAAGUUUUAUAAAGAUUUAAAGCAACAAAAAAAGAUAGCAUCUCUUGAAUCUCCAUCUCCAUAUCAUGUUUAUGCUAGAUGA